GGACCAGCGAAACAAAGAGCACAAACAGUGUAUGUAAUGUAGCGAUUUUACGUCUUUGGCGACAAGCGUAAUGUUCAAGAAUAACUACCAGGGAGGAGCUGUGGUGGAAAUAUUCUGCGCUCAGGGCAAAGAUCCUGUGGCCAAAUGGAAACUCAGCGCUGGAGCCAUACACAAAGAGUAUAAUAAAGAAAUCAAAGGAUUUGUUUACUGUCUGGAGGGUAGCAGCCAGACAGUCAAAAUGCAAAUGCCAAAAAAUGGGAAAAUGCCUUUGGGACUGCUUCAAAGAUUCCUGGUUUUUCAAGUCAGUGUUCCACCCGGCAGAGAUUUUUCCAUUGAACUCACGGUAACUGAUACAGAUCACCUAAAACGACGACUGUAUUUAUCCACUGUGCACAAAGAGCUCUCCACUACACUUUGGCAUGCAAAGAUUCCACUUGUUGGCUUAAAUUACCACAUUUGGUCGAACUUGUGCAUUGACCUUGUUUCAUUCACAAGCAAACUGUUCAAAGGCGUGGGAUUUGUGAGUUUGGAUGGAAUAACAGUAUUUGCAAACUGUAGCAUCCGGAGAAUCUUUACAAUGAAAGCAGAACCUGAAGCUGGGGAUGAGAUGUUCCUGAGCGGAGGAGGUUUGAUGGAGUGGAUUCCCCGAAGUUGUCAUUUCCCACAGGACAUAAAACACAUCACACAAGUCUUGAACAUUGAAAAUCUGAAGAAAACAGAUGUUAAAACUCGACCUGUCGCUGCUCCAGCGCAGACGGCUGGUGUGGCCCCUACAAGGCCAUCCCUCUCAGUGAAGAGCAGGGCCCCGGGCGUGUUACAGAGCGCCUCGGGGCCCAGGGCUGGAGCUCCACAGCCUCAAAGUGAAGUAAAGAGCGGCGCCACCUCAGACACAGUGGAAAGCAGUGCACUUUGUACCUCCAACAUGGGAUCCCUCUGCUGCAAAUUGAACCCAAAGAGUAAAGCUAGAAAUCAAAGCAAUUUCAACCAACACGAAAAACACUCAGAGAGAGACUGCUCCCCUUCACUUCGAGAGGUACAGUGUAUUGGAACAGCUGGCAUCAUACAACCCCACCCUCCCAAAACAUGUGACAAACCAGGGUCCAAGAUUCCCAGACUCUUCAGUCCGGAAAAAACAAAGGUCACAUCAAGAGUGGAUGUGCCUCCCAAAAAGACGGAUAACCCAAAGCCAUGCACUCCGUCAUGCAGCAGACAGGGGAGCAGACAACAGGCUCUUAGCCUAAUCGAACAGAGCGAGAUCUCAGCUGCAGAUAAACGUGCCUGUGGUGUGGUUGUGGACAGUCCCAGGGCUCCUGUGAGGAGAGGUGGAGGUGAGAGGGUCUCUGUACGGCGCGAGUUGCCCUUUGACCUCCAGGUAUGCAGCAGUUGGGACAGUAGUGAAGAGUCAGACCCCCACCUCAGCACCCACCAGUCUGUGUUCACCUUCUGCUCUUCGCCGCACACACCCACAAAGAAGCCAGGGCGCGGCCAGCAGGAGCACCCACAGAAGAACAUGGAGGAGUGGGAGGGACCACACAUGCGCAGGGGAGGGGCCCAGCCAGAGGACGACUUCAUCGGCAGUGAGAGUGACGAGGAGGAAGUGCAUGUCACGUAUCUGCAGCAGAGAAGAACCACAGACUCAGGCCUGGGUCCAUCCAGGAGCAGUGAUAAAAUUCUGGAUGAUGUCUUCCUUCAUUCUCAAAGCCCAUCAAAUGAAAGUGAAAUAAACAGCUCCAUCCCUCCAUCCAUCUCCAAAACUGAAGCUCCUGGAUUUGUCCCGAAGCGCUGCCUGUCUCCCACUGACCGCCUGAGUAGUGCUGAGACUGUGAGACCCAGUGUCAUUGUGAACAGCAGCGUGUCACUAUCAAGAAGACUACUGCAGGAAGUCCCAAUGAUGCACUCAAGAGGGGACAAGGUACCAGAGGAUACAGAGGAAGCGUUCAUUGAUCAUGCCGAUGGCCCUCGGCUGCCUCAGGACGAGGAUGAGCUGCAGAUGUUGGCGAGUUUGAAGAGAGAACACGAGGAAGAGGAGAGCCGAGGUGUUCUGAGCCAGUCACAGAUCCACCAGUGUCACGUGAGCCUGAGUCUGAGCAGUGAAGGCACCUCCACAUGGACAAACAUCACUACGCCUGACCAUCAGGGUCACCACUAUCAAAAGGAGAUGAACCCCCUGCUGAACUCAAACCCAAGGGAGUGGAUGGACGUGCUCAGCCCUCCUAUUAUGGCUCCCGGUCAGCGCCGAAGGUCACACACCACAUGGGACAAUGGAGAAGAUCUAGUUGGAGAGGCUGAUAAAUGCAUGAUUGAAAAGAACGAGGAAGAGUAUCUGAAUCUGCUCUAUGAUCCUUGCCUGAACUGCUAUUUUGAUCCAAAGUCGGGGAAGUACUACGAACUGGCCUGACACUAGCUGAUAAAUAUCUAAUGAAUAAAUCACAAGAUGAAUGUCCUAUGGAUUUUCAGGCUGGGCUAUUGAGCUGUUAAUGAAUCUUUUUCACGAUUGUAGAGGGAGUUCAGCUCACAUAAUGCAGUACACGCUUUGUUGCCCAUUCACUCAGGGCUGCACUUUUCUGUUGAGGAGUCUUGGCAAAGUAAUAAUAUGUAAACCACGAAUGAACUUCCUUGAGCUUUGACUUG